AUUGUGAUAUUGAAUCUGAACAAGGGCAUCAAUGGAACAAAGCCUGUUCUCAUCUUAUCCGUGGCUUUGCGGUUGUUUAUGAUUGGAUGGCGCAUGUGGCUUGGGAUGGGGAUGAAGGAUAGAGGGUGCGUUCGAUUCCAUGUCUAGUAGAGUUAACGCGGCUAAGCGUGGCAUGUGGUCACCUACCGUCAUCAACAACGAGAACACAAUGACGGGGUACCUCGGCCAAGGCAUGGCGGGCUUCCAAAACGUCAAGGACGUAAUUACAGCAUACAAGUACCAUCGCUUCAAUGAGAUAAACAAUAAUCUCCUCGCUCAAUCUAAUCGCAUUGGCGCUAUGUUCCAGGCGAUGGAAGCCCACCUCGCUGCUCAACCCGCCCUUCACCAGUCCGGCAACGUACUCCUGCAACCCUACCAGAAUGCGAAUCUGCAGGCUCAAUGGAGGACUUUCAUGAACACCAAAGCUGCGACGGCCAAUACCCGUGCAGAGCUGUGGAUGGACAAUUGGACAACCCAACUAGAGACAACUUACUGUUCCAAUUACCAACUAAGCUUUGCCCAGGAUCGGACGACAGAGCUGAGACAGGCGACCGGCGACCCAAAUAUUCUGAGUGAUGAGCAGAUCUUCAUUGAUAAGAUUACGAGGCUGAGGCAGGAGGUUAAUUCUCGCCCGGCCUGGGUCUGGAACCCGCCGGUAUUUUAAGGGGGAUUUAUUCAUAUUAUUGGUCGGCUCAAGGGGUGAGAGCGGCAUUUCGGGAGUGUGGGGUAUCGCCACGAUUAAGUGGGGAUCAUUAUUAGGUUAUUUAUAGG